GACCCCCGGUAACGCAAACUAACACUACUUCCGGGUUAGAGAUAAAUUCUGCAUGUCACCGCUACACAGAGUUUUAUUAUUAUUUUUAUAACAAAUUAAAUGUAAUAAAGAUGUCGCGCGGCUCAAGUGCAGGGUUUGAUCGUCAUAUUACUAUUUUCUCCCCAGAGGGAAGGCUUUAUCAAGUGGAAUACGCAUUUAAGGCCAUUAAUCAGGGCGGGCUGACGUCUGUGGCUGUGCGGGGGAAAGACUGUGCUGUCGUCGUCACGCAGAAAAAAGUUCCAGACAAGCUGCUGGACUCCUCUACAGUCACUCACCUGUUCCGCAUCACAGACAACAUCGGCUGUGUGAUGUCCGGCAUGACGGCUGACAGCAGGUCUCAGGUACAGAGGGCUCGUUACGAAGCAGCAAACUGGAUGUACAAAUAUGGCUAUGAGAUUCCGGUCGACAUGCUUUGUAAGAGGAUCGCUGACAUUUCUCAAGUUUACACACAGAAUGCUGAGAUGAGACCUCUGGGCUGCUGUAUGAUCGUGAUCGGUAUGGAUGAAGAGUUGGGGCCGCAGGUGUAUAAAUGUGACCCUGCAGGUUAUUACUGCGGCUUUAAGGCCACAGCCGCCGGAGUGAAACAGACAGAAGCCAUCAGCUUCCUGGAGAAGAAAGCCAAGAAGAAACACGACUGGACCUUCGAGCAGACCAUCGAGACGGCGAUCAGCUGCUUGUCCACGGUUCUGUCCAUCGAUUUCAAGCCUUCUGAGCUGGAGGUCGGAGUGAUAACAGCACAGGAGCCCAAGUUCAGGAUUCUCUCUGAGACAGAGUUGGACUCUCACCUGGUGUCUCUGUCAGAGCGAGACUGAGCUCAGAGAAUGUGGCAUUCUGGGAAACGUAGCACGCUGAAGAAACGACUCUCCUGUAAAUUCCUCUGUAACAUUAAAGCUGUUUUUAGAGAAAAAC